CCGCCAGGGCCGCCGGGAUGUGUAGUUAGUUGCACCUGGCAUGAUGGCGGCGGCAGCGAGGAUGUUAACGCGCAGUCAGAGCCGGUCUACUUGUGUAGGGUCGUGGGGCAAUGGGGAGGAGCCCGCGCCACCAGGAAACCGAGAGGUUGCAGCAGGAAUAAAAAGCCACAGACCUGUGAAGCGACAGCAGAAGACACAGAGGCUGCAUGUAUCCUAUGAGGCCUUGAAUGGUGAAAAAAAUGAGGGGGCUGAGCCCCUUGCAGUGACAGUUUGGGAGCCCCAGGACUGGCAGCAGCAGCUAGCCAAUAUUCGCACCAUGAGGAGCAGGAAGGAUGCACCUGUGGACCAGCUGGGGGCUGAGCACUGCUAUGAUCCCAGUGCGCCACCAAAGGUGCGGAGAUACCAGAUACUACUGGCCCUGAUGCUUUCCAGCCAGACCAAAGACCAGGUGACAGCGGGUGCCAUGCAGCGACUUCGGGCACAGGGCCUGACGGUAGACAGCAUCCUGCAGACAGAUGACAACACACUGGGCAAGCUCAUCUACCCUGUGGGAUUCUGGAGGAGCAAGGUAAAGUUCAUCAAGAAGACGAGUGCUAUCCUGCAGCAGCGCUACGAUGGGGACAUCCCAGCCUCUCUGGCAGAGCUGGUGGCACUGCCAGGUGUCGGGCCCAAGAUGGCACACUUAGCUAUGGCUGUGGCCUGGGGCACAGUGUCAGGCAUAGCAGUGGACACACACGUGCAUAGAAUUGCAAAUCGACUGAGGUGGACCAAGAGGAUGACCAGAUCCCCAGAGGAGACCCGCGCUGCCCUGGAGGAGUGGCUGCCCAGGGAGCUGUGGCGUGACAUCAACGGGCUGUUGGUGGGCUUUGGCCAGCAGAUCUGCCUGCCCAUCCACCCUCGCUGUCAGGCCUGCCUCAAUCAGGCCCUUUGCCCUGCUGCCCAGAUCCUCUGAGAGCUGUGGGGCUGCAGCUUGGGUCCUGGCUGUUACCUAUGAAGUGCCUUUGUCUGGGGAGGAGGGGUGUCACCACCUGUAUAAUAAAGCUUGGGAGUCCUUCGCAGUGGAGGUCUGGCUCACUUCUAACCCCAGGGUCUGGGAACAGUCAGGAAGCACGUGUGGAUACUGUUCAUGGGUGUUGGGCUAGUUCCCUGGGAGGCUGGGGAGUAUGACAGUCCUUGCUGUGUACUCACGGAGGGAGGAAAUAGUGACAGCCAGCUGCUAGGAAGCUUACAGUCAGUCUCUGACUUAACAUUCCAGUUGUGAACUCUGACAGAAAGGAAUAGACCUCCCAUUCCAAAAUUCACAGGUGCAGACAAAUCAUGGAAGUAGUUCACAUGCCUGUUUGUACUGUACUGUACCACCAUUUUAAGGUAACUAU